UGUCGUCUGUGUGGCUGGGGAUUCUGUGGGAGGGGUCAUUAUUUGGCAGGGAGCGGUAGAGAGACGAGCAUUUCCUAGAUACCCACAGCAACGCGUGGAUUCAUUCUGCUCUCAUCACUUGAGAGGCGAGCCGGCGGAUAUUUGCGUGUUUUAACUUAUUAUUCAGGUUUGGAAAGCCGUACGUUUGGAAAUUACAAAUCAUCAUCGUAUAUCCUCGGAAGUGUUUUGCUCGUGCACCGGGACUGUCAUCAUUGAAGCAAACAUGACUAGCGCUACGUCCCCAAUCUUGCUGAAAUGGGACCCCAAGAGCCUUGAGAUUCGCACACUGACUGUGGAGAGGCUGCUGGAGCCCUUGGUCACACAGGUGACCACACUGGUCAACACCAGUAACAAAGGCCCAUCCAGUAAGAAAAAGGGUCGCUCCAAGAAGGCUCAUGUUUUGGCUGUGUCCGUCGAGAACGCGACUCAGAACUUUCUAGAAAAGGGUGAGCAGAUCGCUAAGGACAGCCAGGACCUGAAAGAAGAGCUUAUCGCAGCAGUAGAGGAUGUCCGCAAACAAGGCGAGACGAUGCGCAUAGCCUCCUCAGAGUUCGCGGAUGACCCCUGCUCCUCGGUGAAACGGGGCACUAUGGUCCGAGCCGCCCGAGCCCUUCUCUCUGCAGUCACCCGCCUCCUCAUCCUGGCUGACAUGGCUGACGUCAUGAGGCUCCUGUCCCACCUCAAAAUCGUGGAGGAAGCUUUAGAAGGCGUCAAGAACGCCACCAAUGAACAGGACCUGGCCAAUCGCUUUAAGGAGUUUGGAAAAGAGAUGGUCAAACUCAACUAUGUGGCUGCUCGCAGACAGCAGGAGCUGAAGGACCCUCAGUGCAGGGAUGAGAUGGCGGCUGCCCGUGGGGCUCUGAAGAAGAACGCCACCAUGCUUUACACUGCGUCACAGGCUUUCCUGCGUCACCCCGACGUGGCGGCUACACGCGCCAACCGUGACUACGUCUUCAAACAGGUCCAAGAGGCCAUCGGGGGCAUCUCCAGCGCCGCCCAGGCCACCUCACCCACCGACGAGAAGCACGGACACGCUGGCAUUGGCGAGCUGGCCGCCGCCCUCAAUGAGUUUGACAAUAAGAUCAUUUUGGACCCUCUAACAUUCAGCGAGGCUCGCUUCAGGCCGUCACUAGAGGAGCGUCUGGAGAGCAUCAUCAGUGGCGCCGCCCUCAUGGCCGACUCUUCCUGCACGCGUGACGACCGCCGCGAACGCAUCGUAGCCGAGUGCAACGCCGUGCGUCAGGCCCUGCAAGACCUACUGAGCGAGUACAUGAACAAUACGGGAAGAAAAGAGAAAGGUGACCCGCUGAAUUCAGCUAUCGACAAGAUGACCAAGAAAACACGUGAUCUUCGCAGACAGCUAAGGAAGGCCGUAAUGGACCACAUAUCUGACUCUUUCCUGGAGACCAACGUUCCCCUGCUAGUGCUGAUAGAGGCGGCCAAGAGCGGCAACGAAAAGGAAGUGAAAGAGUACGCGCAGGUCUUCCGCGAACACGCCAACAAGCUGGUGGAGGUGGCUAACCUUGCCUGUUCCAUCUCCAACAAUGAGGAGGGAGUGAAGUUGGUGCGCAUGGCUGCUACGCAGAUCGAUAGUCUGUGUCCUCAGGUAAUCAAUGCAGCCCUAACCUUGGCCGCCCGCCCUCAAAGCAAGGUGGCCCAGGACAACAUGGAUGUGUUUAAGGACCAGUGGGAGAAGCAAGUGCGUAUCCUGACUGAAGCUGUAGAUGACAUCACUUCCGUCGAUGACUUCCUGUCUGUUUCGGAGAACCACAUUCUGGAGGAUGUGAAUAAGUGUGUGAUCGCCCUGCAGGAGGGCGAUGUGGACACACUGGACAGGACGGCAGGGGCGAUCAGGGGCAGAGCUGCCCGUGUGGUACACAUUAUUAAUGCCGAGAUGGAGAACUACGAACCUGGCGUCUACACCGAGCGUGUUCUCGAGUCAAUCAAACUCCUCUCGGAGACUGUGAUGCCUCGGUUUGCAGAGCAGGUGGAGGUCGCCAUCGAGGCUCUUAGCACCAACCCUCCGCAGGCAUUUGAAGAGAACGAGUUCAUCGACGCCUCUCGCCUUGUCUAUGAUGGGGUGCGUGACAUCAGGAAAGCGGUGCUCAUGAUAAGGACUCCAGAAGAGCUGGAAGACGACUCUGACUUCGAACAGGAGGACUAUGAUGCCCGUAGUCGCACCAGCGUCCAGACAGAAGAUGACCAACUUAUUGCUGGACAGAGCGCAAGAGCCAUCAUGGCUCAACUCCCUCAGGAGGAGAAGGCCAAGAUCGCAGAGCAGGUGGAAAGUUUCCGGCAGGAGAAGAGUAAGCUGGACGCCGAGGUCGCCAAGUGGGACGACAACGGAAAUGACAUCAUCGUGCUGGCCAAGCAGAUGUGCAUGAUCAUGAUGGAAAUGACCGACUUCACCAGGGGAAAAGGCCCUCUGAAGAAUUCCUCUGAUGUGAUCAAUGCCGCAAAGAAAAUUGCAGAGGCUGGAUCCAGAAUGGACAAGCUCGCCCGCGCUGUGGCUGACCAGUGCCCUGAUUCAGCCUGCAAACAGGACUUAUUGGCUUACCUCCAGAGAAUCGCCCUCUACUGCCACCAGCUCAACAUCUGCAGCAAAGUCAAGGCUGAGGUUCAGAACCUAGGGGGAGAACUCAUCGUUUCAGGGCUGGACAGCGCUACGUCCCUCAUCCAGGCGGCCAAGAACCUGAUGAACGCCGUGGUCCUCACGGUCAAAGCCUCCUACGUGGCCUCCACCAAAUACCAGAAGGUGUACGGAACAGCGGCGGUCAAUUCUCCAGUGGUGUCCUGGCGCAUGAAGGCCCCCGAGAAGAAGCCCCUGGUGAAGAGAGAGAAGCCGGAGGAGUGCCAGACUCGCGUCAGGAGGGGCUCGCAGAAGAAGCACAUCUCCCCCGUCCAAGCCCUCAGCGAAUUCAAGGCCAUGGACGCCUUUUAAAUCCGCCCCGAAUUCCUCCUCUGUCGAUUUCGUACCCACCCCGUUACGGCUUACUUUCUCCGAGCUGUUUCUUGUUUCGAGCAGCGCCGUGUGUGUAUGUGCCCAGUAAAUGUCUGUGAGUUGGAGGACUUGGCCAUGCAUCCUCUUCCAACCAAAUUUCACUGUAAAUGAGAAACAAAGAAACUGACAGAUGAGAGUGACUUUUACAGUGUGGGCUUUCAUGUGGUGUUUAUUAUUAACAGUGCUAUCACUGACUGGCCAUAUAUACACAGAGAUAUAAAGUAAUAUAAUCUAUGGUAUACAGUAGAAGUCUCAGCCCUAACCAAGGCAGGAGAACUGUUUGCCGUCUGAAUGAUUUUUUUAUUAUUAUUUAAAAUGACUCAGUUAUAGGAAUAACUUAUGGUAAAUCAAAACAGAUUCUGUCCCUCUUCCCGAUAUUAUCCGUACGAUGACAUGAGACUGUAGUUUUUUUGCAUUUCAAUUUCUUUAAUUCUAUUACUGUAUCACUAACCAUGGCAGCCAGGUUGGCAAUAGUAUUACAUUUAGAAAAGGACUAGUUGUGUGGUUGGCUCAGACUAGUAGAAUCCUGCAUACCUUUAUAGUCCUGAUUCUCUAAUAAACCUUGCAACUGUGUGUUCUGUGUCAAAGUCUUUUUAUAAGUA